GUUUGUCCCAUUGGUAACUACUGUCCUGAAGGAAGUUAUAAACCAACACCAUGCCCAGAAGGAACUAUAUCUACAAGUAUUGGUAACCAGAAUAUUACUGACUGUAAACCAUGUAAACCGGGUAGUUACUGUACCCCUGAAAGUUUUAGCAUACCAUGUGAUGCUGGUUACAUAUGUUUAAGUGGCUCAAAUGUCCCAAAUCCUACCGGAGGUAUUAAAGGUUACAUAUGUCCAACCGGUCACUACUGUCCACAGGGUGCUGUGAAA